CGAAGACACAACAACAACACAAGUCUAAAAUGGAGGAGACUGUCGUGGAUAUGUUAAUUUCGUAUUUUGCAGUCCAUUAGCAGAAUCAAUUUCCAAAUCUUUUUUGCAUGAUUUUCAUUCAGUGACUUAAAAUCGAGACGCCGGUUUGUCCGCGCGCGUCUUAAACCUGCUGUAUAUUCAGAGCUAAGCUAGCAGUGCCGGCUGUUGGUGUUAGCCUGAUAGCUUCAGCAGCCAAACGUUGCGUCAGUCACAAAAACACACAAAAUAUAUGUUUUGCACUGUGUUGUGACUAAACUUUUGUCCAUUUCAAGCGGAUAUUAAGGACACGACAACAGAAAAAGUUACAGAGGUUAUGGAGGUGGACGAGAUGAGAAUGCCGGAGCUCCAGGAGACGAAGGAGAGGGUAGAAAUCAAGAUAAAGACAGACCCUGAUGAAGAAAGAGAUGAUGAUAAUAUGUGUGAUUCUCCAUGUGGGUCUGUUCCCUCCACAAAUGAAACCCCCGGUAAAGAGACGCAUAUGGAGGACGGUUCUGACUCUCUCAGUUUAAUAAAAAAAGCGGUGGUGGUUUUGACCCGGCUCCCUGAAUAUAAGAUCAGCGCCCUGCGACCACCAACGCCUCAGCAGUUCUACAGUGAAGACGAAUCCCUCAGCAGCUCGGAUUCUGACAUGCAGUGGGAACCAGAAGAUGAUUCUAGUGAUUCAGAUUUCUCUCUCGCACAAAAUAAACAGAAACCUUGCAAACACGCCAAGAAUGACACAACAAAGAACAACAACAACAACAACAGCAGCAGCAGCAGCAGCAGUGAACCAGGACCCAUUAUAGUAUCAUCAGCUUUUGCUCAUAGCUCCAAUGAAACGACAAAGGUUCGUCCAAACCUGCCAGAAGAAGAGGUCAAAGUGGACAUGAUUGUCCUGGCCAGGAAGAGGUCAAUGCGGUGGCAACGUGGGAAAAUAGUGGAUAUUGUAACAAGAGAGGAUGGACGGUUGAAGUAUAAAGUUUGUUUUGAAGAGAAGGGGAAGAGUCUGGUGUCUGGACACCACAUUGCCUUUGACAGCACUCCGAAGCUGGAGCAGCUGUACGUCGGCGCUCGCGUGGUGGUCAGGUGUCAAGAUAACAAGUUCAGGUUCCGGCCUGGUGUUUUGGCAGAGCUCCCCAGCAGAAAGAACCGCUUAAGGUUCUUGAUCUUUUUGGAUGAUCACACGCCGGUCUAUGUUGGCUUACCUUUGUUUCACCUGGUGUGCAGACCACAGGAAAAUGUUUUGGACGACGUUCCAGACAGCCCUCACAAGUCUUUCAUGACACAGUACCUGAAGGACUGGCCGUACCCACAUUUAACCCCAGUACAGGGCCGGACAGACCCUCAAUGCAGUCGCUGCCUUGAAGUCGACGGUGAGGGCAAAAAGCGUCCGUGCAACCACAUCGGUGCUUGUUGCUUCACACAGCACACCCACCAGACAUCCGUGGUGAUCAUGGAGGGGGAUGAGAUGGAGAUGAGCACAGAGGAGCUUCAAAAGUGGAUCAGAAAGAAGGUGAAGAAGAAUGAUCUGUUCACCUCAGAUGUUCUGCAGAAAUGCAAACUGCUGCAAUCUGUGCUGGACAGGAGGGAGAAACAGGCUGCCCUCUUCCUGAAGCUCUGCGAGUCUGUGUCUGCGUGUGAAGCGGUUGUGAAGAAACUCUACUCUAUGCUGGGGUGGGAGUACAGAGAGACGGAUUCUGAUGAUGAAGAUAAUGCAUCAGGAAAUAUCAUCCCCAACUCUCCGACUCCUCCUGGACCUACUCCUAAGGGCAGUGAGAACCUAAAGGGAGAUAAUGGCAAAAAGAUCGCUCUCAGUGUCUUUCGAAAGAGAAAACUUGUGGUUGUCUUGAACAGACUUUCUACAAGUGAGAUCAGGUCUUUACUUAGUUGGACAACACAGAAUAAAGUCAGCGAAGAUGAAUUCUCUGACAGUUCGGGUUCUGAUAUGGAGUGGGAACCAGAACAUAACUCAAGUGAUUCUGGUAAUUCUCUUUUAAGUAGUAACAGAAAGUCAAGCAAGAGGAGAAAAAUGGACAAAAUGUCAGAAAAACUUCUCAAAAGUCCCGCAUCACCCAACGCAAGUACGAAAAGCAAUGCAACGAAAACAUCAACACUCCAAGCAAGUGCCAAUACCGAUGCAAAGGUCAACGAAACAAAAACAUCAAGUGCGAGUACCAAUGCAAAGGUCAAGAAAAUGAAAACAUCUACACCACAAGCAAGUGCCAGUACUGAUGCUGAAACCAACGUAAAGAAAACAUCAGCACCAACAUCAAAAGAUAAAGAGUCACGCCCUGUCGUAAUAUCAUGUCUUCGUCAAACCUCUGACAAAGAUACCAAGACCCCUCCCAGUGUGCCACAAGUAGAGCUCAGCGUGAACAUGGACGUCGUGGCCAGAAAGAAGGACAUGAGAUGGCUGCAGGGGAAAAUCACAGAAAUGAUAACAACAGAAGACGGGAAGUUGAAAUACCAGAUCUACUUUGAGGAUAAGAGGAAGAAACUACUCUCUGGUCACCACAUCGCCUUUAACUUCAAGCCAAAGGUAGAAGAGCUGUAUGUUGGUGCUCGAGUGGCGGUCAAACGUAAAGCUGAUCAGUGCCAUUUCAGCCCUGGCAUCAUGGCGGAGCUCCCCUCUAGAAAAAACCGCAUGAGGUUCCUGGUUUUUAUUGAUGAUCACAAACCAGUAUAUGUUGGCUUACCUUUACUUCGCCUGGUGAGCAGACCACUGAAAGACCCUUUGGAUGAUAUUAAGAAUGACACCCACAAGGAUUUCCUGAAGCAGUAUAUUAAUGACUGGCCUUACCCGCGUCAGACCCAGUACAAGGAGGGACAAAUGAUUAAUGCAGAAUUUGAUGGAGUCCUGCAGAAAUGUGAGGUGCAGACGAUCGACUGCAGCUUGAUGCAGGUUCUCAUUCUGAAAAAUCAACGUAAAGAGUGGAUUUACAAAGGGUCCACAUACUUGCAACACAUUAGUAAGCUGACCAAGCUUCAGGAGGAGAAAAGGGAGGAGGAGCAGGAGGAAAUGUCUCCCACAGUCAAAGAAUAAUCAAAAUCAUCACGCUGAUGGGACCAUUAAUGUGUAAAGAGUACCGGAUGCUGGUCGCUCUUACAAAAGCCAGAGCGGCUGUUUUUGCACGUUCCAGAGGGGCUGGCGAGACCCCACUGACUCAUUCCCACCUGCUGCGGUCAGCACGGCUGUUCUUCAUCGACGCAGUUGCCUUUGGAGAAAAUUCCUUUAGGUCAGACAUGCCUGAUGUUUGUGACAGGUAUCAGUUCAUAUCACUGUGGAGCAUUUCAGUAAGUUUGAAACCAAGUUUGUUAAGUGACCUGCAAUUACUUCUCUGGCCAAGAAGACAAAAAUUGCUUUACAGUCCAGCGUAGCUCCGCAGGGCCACGAUGGGACUCAUAGUAUGUGCUACUGAAGGUUUUACCUCCGUGGAGCGGCUAAAAACUGUCAGCUGUCUUCACAUAAUGAAUGCAUACAUUGUUUGUUUUUAUAAGUUGAUUUUUAAAGUAUUUGUUCUGUAGUUUUUGUGCUCUUAAAUAGUUAUUAAAGUUCUUUAAAAUGUUUAAGCGUAAUUUAACUUUGUUGAAAAUAUAGCAUCCACUCUCGAUGUACCUGCAACCAAAAACCGCAAACUACAGAAGCCCAUUUACAGAGGCAGGAGAAAGUCUUUGUUCUGAAGUCCCAAAUCAAGUCCCAAGUCCUACACUUUUGAGUUUCA